UGACAUACGGUAAAACCAGUUGCCACACAACACAUAUACAGUUUGAGUUUCAAGCCAAUUGACUCAUUCGACUUAUUCCUGUCAGCUUUGAAGGGGGCGAAACCUAAUAAGCAGAUCUGACAGGUGUAUUCUUCGUUGAAAUGGCCGGUCAGGCGCGCGUCCUUUACGAUUUUGAUGGCCAGCCUGGCACAUCUGAACUAUCAAUUACCACUGGUGAGAUUUUAAAUGUUACAAGUAAGGAUGUUGGAGAAGGAUGGUGGGAGGGUAGUAACCAACGUGGACUUAGUGGAAUAUUCCCUGCUGCAUAUGUUGAGGCUAUAGUACAAACUUAUGAUGUACCACCUGCCAUGCCCCCUCCUCCAUUGCCACAGAUUUAUGUGGAGGAAAGUACAGCUCCAGUAAUUCAACAACAACAAUCACAGUAUGAUGAUGACUGGGACGAUGACUGGGACGAUGACGUUUCCGAAGUUAAUCAAGCCAGUCAUCCUGCAAACGCUGCAUCAGGUGGACGAAGCAAUAGCGACGUUGGUAGUGCACUUGACGUCAACUUGGCGGGAUUGAAAUUGGGUGACGGCAAAGGAACUGUUCGUAAAAACUUGAACCGGUUCUCCCAUUUCGUAAAAACUGGCGGAGAAGCCUACAUUUUGGGGGCUAGCAAAGUGGCAGCCACUGAUAGCGAUUAUAUUCAAAUUAUCGAAACUAAUUAUGGUAUCACUUGGGCUCCGAAUCCACAACCAUACUCGUGCGUCGUAGCCUCGCCUAAGAAAGAGUCCAAGUUGAAAGGUUUGAAAAGUUUCAUAGCUUAUCAACUGACACCAUCAAUAAACAACAUCCAAGUUUCGCGGCGCUACAAACAUUUCGAUUGGCUUCACGAACGACUGGUGGAAAAAUUUUGCAUCAUUCCAAUUCCUCCGCUACCCGAUAAGCAAAUCUCAGGUCGGUAUGAAGAGCAGUUCAUCGAACGCAGGCGCCUUCAGUUACAGUCAUUCGUUAGUCGUGUAAGUAACCACCCAGUUCUGUCACGCUCGGACGUCUGGCUGCAUUUUCUAACAUGCACAGAUGCCAAACGAUGGAAAACUGGAAAGCGGAAAGCUGAAAAAGAUGAAGUAAUUGGCGCGGCAAUCUUUAGCGUGGUUCAAGUUCCAGAAAAAGCUCUAGACCCCCUACAACUAGAUUCCCAAACCGAAGCGUUUGGUCGUUUCGUACAAUCGUUUGAUACUGCUGUCCGCACGAUGCAAAGUAACUUUGCUGAACAAGUCAAACGACAACAAGGCCCAUACAAACGUGACUAUCAACGCAUUGGGCAGUCGUUUAGAACGCUAAGUUCGGCAAUGGAAUUGCUAGAGACGGCCCCACUAACCAGGGCGUUGGCCCAUACUGCCGAUACAUAUGAUCAAAUUGCUCUUCUUUGCGAAGACCAACCACGUUUGGAUUUUGAGCCAAUGGGUGAUUUACUUCACGAUUAUCGUGGUCUACUUGCCUCGUUCCCGGACAUCAUCACUGUUCAUAAGGGAGCUCUGCAAAAACGACGUGAACUGGAGCGCUCUGCAGCGGAAGGCAAAACUGAAAGCAAUGUUGUCAUUCGUGCUCAACAACGAACUGAUGUAGUGUCCUACACGCUUCUGGCAGAAAUGUCAUACUUUCAUCAAGAACGGGUACGCGAUUAUAAUGCAGCAGCCAAAAUCUUCCUUCAGGAACAAAUCGCCUACUACCAAAAGAUUGUUGAUCAUCUGCAGUCUACCUUGUCUCAGUAUAAGGACGUCUAACAACUUUCGACCGGGUUUUUAAAUCGCAUUGUUUCGUUUUAAAUCCAUUCCUCUAUGCGAAUUAACGAAGGUUAUUCUAAUUAUUUCGGAUUCCUGGUCUUCGCAGAUUUUUAUCAAUUGUUUUCAUUCUUGGGGAAACAUUCCCUCAGAGGAUUCGAAAAUAGUCGCGUGUUAAAUUUCAAUUGCUUAAAUUCUGUUUCGCUCUUCCUUCUGUGUUAUUGUUCCCAAUCGAAAGUUUUGUUUAUUAGGGGACAUGGCAACCAUUGGGUAAAUCCCUCAUACGAAUUUGGUCAGAACGACUCGUGUUGUAGUCUCAUCUUCAUGAAAACUUUGUCGUUCUUACAGCGCUCUACCGAGCUUCAUUUCAAUUAUCUUAUAAAGAGCUAUGCCUAAGAAUAGAUGGAUCACUAAACGUGCAAAUUGCUCAGUC